GGGGCGCUACUUUUCUUAAAGCGUGCGACGCCAUUUUACUUUGUGAAUUUUACCGAAAUUUCAAAAAUUAAUAACAUACAAAACGGUAAUAUUUGUUUAAAGUCGCAUAAAAGGGCAACCCAUUUUAACAAUGAAGAGGAGUCGCUCAUUUAAAGAAGGUGACAAAGUUUUUGCGAAAAUAAAAGGAUAUCCAGCAUGGCCGGCAGUUAUUUUAGGGAAAAGUGGUAAAAAAUUCAAUGUACAAUUUUACGGAACUGGAGAAACGGGCUUUAUUAAGCCUGAAGAUAUUUUUUAUUACCUUAAAAAUAAGGAUCAAUUAGUCAAAGGAUCAAAAAAGAAGGAGUUUAAGGACGCUAUUGAACAGAUUGAAAAAGCUAUAACUGAGGAUGGAACAGAUGGUGAUGAUUCCACUCUUGAUGGGAAUGCCCCAGCUCCUAAAAGAAAGAGAAGUAAUUCGGAAAAAUCUUCAGACUCUGUUCCAUCAAAAGUUAGCAGUAAUGCUAGAAAUUCUGAAAGUGAAGGAGAAUCAAACAUGAGUGAAAAUACUACAGAUGGUCCAAGUGAAUGUCCUAAAAAUGUGAACGAGAGUAUCAAUUUUGGGACAGCUGAUGAAAAUAACAGUGCACAAGUUGAUGAAGAUUUACCAUUUUUGCCAAACGUUAAAAUAGUGUCAGAGCUCAAUUUAAAAAAUUGGAUUAUUUAUGCAGAUGCAGUUAAAGAAAAACCUGAGUUAUACAAAUCCCGACCUGUGGACCAACGCUGUUACUUUGAAAACCAAGUAUUUCCGGUUUUGCUUCCUUCCGGCAAAUAUGCGGGACUAAAACUCCACAAAAAAUGGCCAUUACACUUUGCUAAUGAAUAUGAAUGUGCUCUUUAUGACAGUGAUACAGCCUCCAGAGUGCUUCUCCUUAAGGAUGCAGUUACUAGUGGCGAAAUAACCCCCUCCAGCAACCCUGAGUCAUUCCUUGAUGAUUUUGAUUUGACUGAAACUGAAAUAAAACGAGAUGCUGAAAUGAAACUCAUAAACAGCAAAUAUAAAAGAGUAGAGAGAUUAAGAUCAGAAUCUAGCUUGGUUGAACUUGACGCAAAAAUUAAAAAUUGUUUAGGUUUAAAUAAAGCUGACCCAAAGAAAGCGUUGGAAUUCUUGGAUAGUUUACUGGAGAUAAAUAUGGAUGAAAUUAUGCUAAAGAAACAUUCUCAUGUUGUUGAAAUGAUCAGAAGGUUGAGAAAAUACGUGGGGAACGUAGAAGAGUGGAAUUUAACGCCUGAGGAGUUUGAAAUUUUCAAGAACGACGCACAGAAAGUGCGAACUAAAGCGGAUGAAAUUUAUAAGAAAUUCAAAUCUGUUUGUAAAUUACCGGCGGGGUCUGUUAACUUUUGGGACGGUUUUAAUGACAUCGUUCGGAAAUUUAGGGAGGAUUGUAUCCAUUUAAAUAAUAGGGAAGUUUUUGUUUUGUGUGCAGAGCCAUAUUCGCGUCAAGCUAUUAUUGAUCGACUUGAACAAGAAGAAGAGUUACAAGAAGCUGAUAUUCACCGUCCAGUUGAAAAUGAAACUGAUAAAGUGGAACAAUCACAGUGAUGUUGCAAGUACAUAAAGACGAGAAUUUACUUUAUUACUGCUUUUGUUAAAUAAGUAAACAUUUUUUUUCAUAUAAAGGACACUAUUUACGA